AUGAACAUCGAUGACAGAGACAGGCCGUCAAUUUCGUCUGGCGCUGGAAUGGCAACAAAUAAUGGAAAAUAUCGAGCUGCGGAGAAAUCCCAGGAACCAGGACCAUUAACCGCCUUUUUGAGUGAGCAGCCCAAAGAAUUGGGGAACUUGGCUUUGACUUUUGACGAGCAGGCAAUGAUGAAAGCAAUUUCCCGUAUGAAUUUCGAAGAUACCGAGGAAAUGAAACCAUUCCCAGAAGUUGCCGCGAAGGAACAGUCAGCUGCGAAAGACUUCAACUAUGUAGAUAUCGACGAAGGCAGAUGUAACCGACUGUUUGUUUGUUUGCCUAUUACGACGAUACCUAUUAUCUUGGUCGUUCCUUUUGUCAGUACCGUACAUACCAACAUAUUCAUGCGCAAUCCAAUCUUCUUUUGCACAAGUUUUAGCGUUAAAGUCGUCUAUGACGGCCGUGCCCGUCCUGGCAUUCGUUCCUUCGGCGAUGCUGAAGCUCGUUUCAUUGCUCUAAAUCAGUCGAUUCCUGUGUGCCACAUAACUUCAAUGAAGAUUAUUAAUUCCGUUAGAGUACGAUCACACUGCAAGGUUGAUACAGAACCCAAAAACCUGAUUAAGAAUGCGCGUCAAGUAUGGGCCAGAAAAGGUCCGGAAGAAAUGGCCAUGAUUGCUGCGCUGAUCGCAGAUCCAAACAAGAAAGAAGCACUGGCAUUGUUCGAGGAAAACCUAAGUGUCUACCGCAAACUCCAGUUGUUUGCGUCUGGAGAACAACUCCGGAAAGUUUUGCUUUUUAUAGCCUACCACUACACGAAACUGUUUCCAGAAUCGUCUACACCACAAGUGCACUCCUUCUUGGACGAUCAAUUCUUUGCUGUAAGUCACUGA